AUCGGGGAGUUUUCGAAUAGUGAAGCGAUUGCUCUGGGGAUUAAGGAGACGUUGAGAUACGGAUUGUUUUUGGGAACUUUUGCUGGGACUUUUGUUACAGUUGAUGAAGCUAUUGCUGCUUUAGUAGGAGACAAGAGAACUGCAAAGUGGAGGGCCCUGUUUGCUGGAUUGGUGGCUGGACCAUCUAUGCUUCUCACAGGGCCAAAUACUCAACAUACGAGUUUGGCUGUUUAUAUAUUGAUGCGUGCUGCGGUCCUUGCGUCGCGUUGUGGCAUUAAAAGUAAACGGUUCGGGAAGAUAUGCAAGCCGCUUACUUGGAAACAUGGGGACUUGUUUCUCAUGUGUCUCUCUUCCUCACAGAUUUUGUCUGCUUACAUUUUGAAACAAGAAAACCUUCCUUCAUCGUACAAGUCUUUUCUUAAUAAACAUGGUGGGAAGGAUCUUUCUAUCUUACAAGGUGUAAAAGAUAUCGCCAGCGCUCAACCAUUCACCAAUUUAAGGGCAAUUGAGAAAUAUUACAAGUCUGUUGGAGUUGAUAUCAAACUGGAUCCUAACAUGAAAGUCCCAUGUUCGAUAAUACAUGGAAAUGAGUCAUGUGUUAAGCAUGGUAUUACAUUUUUCCUUCAAGCUUACAAGAGGGCGCUACCUGUCUAUGUCCCUGUCUACUUGAUUCCAGCGCUAAUAGUCCAUCGUCAAGACCUGCUAAAAAAGCAAUACUCGAUACUUGGCAAAGGUCUUCUGGGCACGGCAAGAUCAAGUUUGUUUCUCUCGACUUACUGCUCUUCUGCCUGGGCUUGGACUUGUCUACUUUUCCGAACUUUUGAGACAUGUAACAUACCGCUAGUGGCCAUAGCAACGUUCCCAACAGGUCUGGCCUUAGCUAUUGAGAAGAAAAGCAGAAGAAUAGAGAUAUCACUCUACUGCUUAGCAAGGGCAAUAGAGAGCUUCUUCACUUGCAUGACAGAUGCUGGAUAUAUACGACCGCCCAAGAGUCUAAGAAGAGCAGAUGUGGUUGUGUUCAGCGUUUCGACAGCCAUCAUAAUGCAUUGUUACGCGCAAGAAAGAGAGGUAUUUCGAUCAAAAUACUUGAACGUUCUAGAUUGGGUUUUUGGUGUUCCUCCUCCUCCCCCUGUUACUCCUCGCGAAAAAAACCUAGAGACAUUUACUUUCUAAUAUAUCGACUUCAGAGGGCAAAACAUAAGUUAUCAGGGAGUUUGAGAAGUCUUGAAAGUUGUCAUUUUGUUCUCCACUUUUAACCUAAAGAUCUUUGAUGUGGGAUAGAAUUUGGUGGUAGAAUGUUCAUUUAUAGAGUCUCUAGGAGUUUUGUUUUGGGUUUUGGGAUAUCAAACGAAGAUAGCCAUAUGCCAA